GGUAGAAACAUAUACAUUAAUUUAUUUGAAGAUAUGGCUGACGAGGCUGAAAUUCAAAAAUUGGUUGCAGAUUUUGAGGCUGAUGAAAAACUUUUUGAUGAAACUCCUCAGGAUGAAAGCAUUGUUCAGACAGAGGAUUUAGUAAGACCACAAGAUGAAGAAGGUAUCCCUGUAGAAGAUUUACCUUUGGAAAGAAGGAUACAAUUAGCUAAGAAUUGUGAGAACCCAUAUGGAACGCUCAAGCCAGGAAUCUGGAUAGAUGCUAUUGAUACAAUUAACUCCUGGUUAAUGUCAACUGUUGAAGAGAUUGAAGAUAGUAACAUAAAGGUUCAUUAUGACGGAUGGCCUAGUAAAUGGGAUGACUGGAUGAAGAUUGGUUCAUAUAAAGUGGCUCCUUUCAGAAAAUAACUCGGUAGGAUACACUGGCCAAACGAAAAUUGCAAUGAGAAAGGGAGAGUAUACUCUUGAGAACUACAAGGGAUUCAUGGCUAAGAUAGAUGCUUGCAUCGAGAACGACUUGAAAGGACUAGGAGCUAUCGAGACAACUCAAUUCUACAGAGGUACUAUCUUUGUUGCUUUGGAUACAAUCAUGGGAAGAAUCUAUGAAAAAGAUGACGAUGAGCUUUUGGAAAUAUCUGUUCCUUUUAUUAAGAAAUGCCUUGAACUUGUAUGCACAUACUUGAAGGUGGUUCCUAAUCUGGUUGAAAAGUUUGACGAAGCGAAACUUUGCUCAGAUUUGUAUCUUGUUGAUGAGAAUGUAUCCAUUGCUUUGUGCUACAAAGAGUUUAUUGAAAUGCUAAAAACUGUUUUCUGAGGAAAUCCUAGAUGUCUCAGAUAUUAUAUUAAACACGACAGAGAUCCUGAAGAACCUAAAACUUCUAUUUGUGGUCCUUACGAAAAGAGAAAUUCUGACCAAGAUAGGUUCCUUAGCGAUGAAAUAGACUAUGAAGAUUUAAGAGAAAUGAUUUUUAGAAAUAACAACCUUGGGUUUGGAUUGUUCUACGAAUUCUUAGACCACUUCCAAUUUCAUGGAGGGUUUGAUUCCUUAAGAAAAGUACUGCAAAUGGUAGUCCCUCAUGACGAAAGCCCCACUCUUCCACUAGAGUUAAUCCCAGAGUUUACUUCCCCAUUCAGAGCUUGUUCUAACAUCUUGAAUUCUGAGUACACUAAAGAGAUGGCAGAAGAACUCCAGUCGAUAAUUGUUGGAAGGCUGCAGAACAUGUCAGAUGAAUCUAUGAAGGAAGUAGACAAGACCACAAUUCACAGUAUCAUGAGUGAUUUCAGAGACUUCCUUUGUCUUGGGCUUCCAGAAGAAGUUGUGGAUGAGAAACUUGAGUCAGUAAAGCUUGGACUUGCCUUAAGAUUUUUGAAAUCUCCUGAGAUGAAGAAGAGGCUGACUGGUAUCAAUGAGAUCAAAUCUAUCGUAAGAUCUACAGAAAGAAUUAGUUCAAGAAUGGUACAUCAUAAAUGGCAAGAUGAUGACUCACCAAGGAUUAGAUCAAGAUGGCUCAAGCCUGAGUAUUUGAUUAAUUGGGUCGAGGAGAAUAAACUUGUUGAAUACUUGCUUGGAGAAAGUUCACAUGUUGAAGUGAUCAAGAGAUCAGCUUCCCUCUUGAUUUUCUUGGCUAAUCAUAAUCACUUAACUGUAGAACAUCUAGAAUUGUUGUGGAAAUCUCAAGAAGAUAAGCAUGAGGCUACUGUGCUUGGAGUGUAUGAGACUAUCAAUGAAAUUGCUAGCUAUCUCAACAAAGAAUCUAUUUCUUAUCUCUUCGAAAAAAUCAAUUCAAUGCCGGUCAAGAAAUAUAAUGAACAAACUGUAAAGUUCGUGAAAGAAUUCACAGUUAAGAGCUUUGAUGUUUACAGGAGCUUGAGAGGAACUGAAGUUGCUGAUAUCAAUUCAGAUAAUGAAGAAGAUGAGAGCAAAGUCAAUGAAUUCUAUAUUGACAAUGCUAAAGGCAUUAUCGAAGGAAGCGUAGCACCUCCCGAAAUUGAAAUUCCUGAGUUUGGACUCCCAAUCCUAUUCGAAAUUCUUCAACAAAACUCUGAAUUAGGAGGCCAUACUCUAUCUCAAUUUAUUGACUUAUUAAAAGAGAGUACCUCAGAUGCAUGCAAAGCUUCAUAUAUUCUUAAGUGCAUCAAAAACAUGAUGAAUGGAGUUGCAGUAUAUCAAUCCAUCAGCAUCUUCAUGAGUAUAUUCAACCUAGCCUUCAACUACAGAUCUUUUGAGAUUGAGCUCAACUCUGAGGUUGCUAUCAGAAAGCUAGAUGAUCAAUUUGAUUUUAUUGGACUCACUAUCAAAAACAUUGAGAGGUAUAAUACACUAGUCCAAAAAGAAAUGGUUGUUUCGAUUGAUAAAGGACUUGUUCCUGAAAAUAUAUCCAAGACUAAAUUCGAAGGAAAUGUAACACAUGCUGAACAACUGGACAAACUUCUUGAAUUCAUCGAAAAUGUUGUUUCAGUAUCUGAAGAAAAAGUUCAAAUUGGAACUGAGAAUAUUCAAAAGCUGUGGAAUAUCUUUGUCAGUAAUUCGAGCAUUGAGUUCGAUAAGAAUACUUUCUUUAAGUGGCUUUGAAAAGAAAGUUCUACUUUUUCCUCAUCAGUGGUGUCUAGCUCGAACCAAUCACUCUUUACUGAGGAAGAGAGAACAUUUUUAUUUGAGCAAAUUCUUUGUAAGAAUGAGUAUGUACAAAAGAAGGAUAUUUCUCUGAACUGUUUCAAGUGCUUUAAGAAGUAUUUUAGACUAGGAAAUAGGUACAUCACUUAUAAUGGAAGAAUGUAUAAAGUCUUCUCUUUUGAUGAUAUCAAAGGAAUGGACAGUCUCUGGGAGAUAGUUUUACUCUGCCAAGAUUCUAAAGUAAAGGAAGAAUGUCUUUAUCUUCUUUGCUGUCUUCAUAUAAACCUUCAUCCUCAAAGAUUUGAGCAAGAAGACAGAGAGAAAAUUUGGGCAAUCUUCGUUGACAAAUGUCUUGAAAACUUAAAAACAGACAACAAAGCUAUUACAAACUCUGCUAUACUUGCUUUGAACAAGCUCUUCGAUACCUUUGAGGGAAAGAAUAUGGAUCUUGAAGAUGUAAGCAGUGGGACAACUUUCCCUAUCCGUGUUUACUGCGCUGAUGAUAGCACUUAUAAGUCAAUUCAGAUCCCUUACUUAGAAAAUCUGCUCUUCGCUAGAAGAAAGAUUGCUCAGGCAUUUGACUUUGGUCUUAAUGAAUUUUCAGUUUAUGUUAAUGGAAAACCUCUUGGAGCAGAACAAAAUGAAACUGCUAUUAAAGAAAUUGGCUUUAAUGAAGUCUUUUUAGUCAAGAAAGCUGUCCAAGACUCUCAAGGGUCCCAUCCUAAAAAUCUCUUAGUAGGCAACCAAGAAUUUUUCAAUCUGAUGUUUGAACUUCUCUCUAAUGAUGAAGAUUAUGAUGUCGAUAAUAUCUGGAAAUUGAUCAUGAAGCUUCCACAAGAUGAGAUCCCAACAGUUGUUAAGCUAAACAAACUUGACAUUAAUACUGAAGAGGAAUGGAAUGAACUAAUUGACGGACACUCUUUGCAUAAGAUGCUACAUUCUUUGCAAAUUAUCAGUAACAAAUCACAAGAGACAGAUAAGGAAUGGCUUACUAAGUUCUAUAUGAUAGGAGGAUAUCAGCAUUUAUUCUUCACUUUAUUGAAAAUUGACCCAUCUAAGAUUGUUUCUAAUCUUUCUUUUAAGUCAGUAGAUAUUCUAUGUAGACUUAUCUGUUCCUCAAUGGAGAAGCAACCCCAAAUGACAGAUGUUGAAGGAGCUCCUGAUCUACUAAAUAUUUUCAAAGAGAAUUCAAUUAUGGCAAUUGACAAAAUGCUUAGGAUUAUUCAUCAGAUCACUGUCAACUCUAUAAAUGAGUGCAAGAAAAGAGGGAGCUCUUAUGAUGAUAUUUAUUAUAAGAAUAAGAAGCUAGAACAGCAGAGUAUGAGACUGCUCUCCUACUAUGACAAAUCAAAGAGUGAGAAUGAUCAAGACGAGCAGAAUACCUAUUCUCGUCAGAUUAAUGAGCUCAAUAAGAAAUUUGAGGAGGGUGGCAAGUUCAUUUCCCUUGCUUUUAAACUAUUCUACUACUUAGAUUGCUUCAAUAAUGAGAUUUGAGUUCAGCAAUUCAUUGAGUUCCCAGAUCUGACAGAACUACUUAAGAAUAUCCUGCUUGUGACUGACAACUUUUAUCUCAGAAAUAGCUUUGGAGAAAGCAUCACUGAAGUAUGUUCUAACGUGCAGAAUGAUUCCCAGAUGUUCUUAGAGUUUAAGAAAGCUAUUCUUCUUAAACUUGUUUAUGAUAUGGAUGAUGUAAUUGAAGAGAAUCACACUAGGUCUUAUAAAGCAGUAGAAAUAGUAUCAAAUAUCCUUUCACAGACAGCAAAUUACCAAUUGGUGAGAAUGAAUAUUGAUUUUGAAGAGAUCUUGAAGAAAAAUGUAAAGAUUAUAUUUGAGAAAGAAACAGCUGAAAAGAGUUCUGCGGAUUUUGAUCACAUUCUUUAUGGAGCUCUGAGCCAUAUUAAGCUUAUUAUUCAGCAGUUCCCUCAUUACAAGGAUAAGUAUGGAAAAAUUCUUUUAAGAUAUGUCCUUCAUCAAUGCUUAUUUGAAGUGCCAAAAUCAGCAGGAAGCAUGAAGAAGGUGAGACCUCCAAAAUGUAAAUAUUCAAACACAAGAGUGAUGGCUUUUAGUCUUAUUAAUGCUCUUUGUAGAGACAAUCUUGAAAAUAUUCAGAUUGUUUUGACUUUCCUCUACUUAUUACAAGAAAAAUCAGGAUGGAGAACUAAAAUGUACUGCGACUGGACGAUAUCUCCUCAUACAGAUGAAAAGUCCCAAACUGGAUAUGUCGGAAUUAAGAACUUAGGAUGCAUCUGCUAUAUGAUUUCAAUGCUUCAACAACUCUACAUGAUUCCUUCAUUUAGAGAGAAUAUUCUUGCUGUUGAAGACCCCAAGAAAGAUGAAAUUCCAAAGGAAAACAAUUUGUUAUUCCAACUUCAGUGCAUUUUUGCAUUCUUGAAUCAAUCAGAACAGCAAUAUUUCAAUCCUCAAGGAUUCACUAAUGCUUUUAAAGAUUGGGAUGGAAAUCCCACUAAUGUCCUUAUCCAAAUGGACGUUGAUGAAUUUUUCAAUAUGUUCAUGGACAAGCUUGAAUUUGCUAUUAAAGGAUCUAAACAAGAGAAGAUGAUUCAGGAUCACUUUGGUGGGCAAUAUGCAAAUGAGCUCAUCUGCAAAGGCUGCCCACAUUAUUCAGAGUCCAAGGAGCCCUACCUCGCUAUUAAUCUUCAAGUCAAGAACAAGAAGAGUAUGAAAGACAGUUUGGAAGCUCUUAUUGAAGGAGAAAUGCUUGAUGGAGAUAAUGCCUACUAUUGUGAGAAAUGUGACAAGAAAGUUUCAACUCUCAAGCGUACUUGUAUCAAAAAGCUUCCAAAGCACUUGAUCAUGGUUAUGAAAAGAUUUGAGUUUGAUUAUAAUUACAUGCAGAAAUUAAAGGUCAACGAUUACUGUGAAUUCCCAGAAUCAAUAAAUAUGGAACCUUACACUCAAGAAGGACUCAAAAGGAGAGAAGAACAAGCUAAAAGAGAUGAGAAGAAGGAUGACGCUGAUGAAGAACCUCCAUUAGAGCCUAAAUAUCCUCUUGAACUUUAUGAAUACAAACUCUCUGGAGUAUUAGUUCAUUCAGGAUACGCUGAAGGAGGUCAUUACUACUCCUUCAUUAAAGAUAGAGAGCUUACUGAUGAAGAGAGAUGGUAUGAGUUCAACGAUGAGUCUGUCAGAGACUUUGACAAGGAAGAUCUUGAGUCAGAGUGCUUUGGUGGAGAAGAAAAAUGGGGAGAUAGCCAUUUUAGCCACUUCCUUUCAAUGAAAACCACAGAGAAAAACAGAAAUGCCUAUGUACUUUUUUACGAAAGGGUUUCAAAAGAAGACAUCCCUUACGAGAAUGAAGAUGAAGAGGAACCGGCUCAACCAGCUGAAAACCAAGAAGAGUCUGAUAUUGUGAUGGACUCUGAGAAUAAUGAAGAAGGUUCCGAGCUUAUCCUUGCAAGGAAGAACACUAUGAAGGUUCCAGAUGAGAUUGGAGAUAUGGUGGAAGAAGAUAAUAGAAAAUACUGGCAAUCAAGAUUUAUGUUCUCUUCUCAAUACAGUGAAUUUAUUCUUGAACUUUGCUCUUUGUGGAAUACCAGAAAUGUAACUCUCUAUAAUUAUGAUACAAGGAAUAGAGACUAUAAGCAGAAAGGAAUUAAUGAGGCAGCUUUUAAAGAGGAAGUGAACAAAGCAAGUGAAAUGAUGAGAGCUAAUUUGUCUAAACAUUUUUCUGCUAAUAAAAGCAUUAAAUUCUACACUGAAAAGAUUCUUCUCCCUUCAGAGUCAAUUGACAUAUAUCAGAAGUAUGGAGGAGAGAUGAUUGAUUCAACAGAGUUUGAGAUAUUCAAGCAUGUGACUACUUUCUAUCUUACUGUAAAGCAAAGAUCAUUGCCAAAGGAAUUGGUUCCUGAACUCCUAGACUUGAUAAAAGCUUAUCUCAAUAAGAGCAUCAAAGCAUGCAAAUGGUUAAUUUCUCAAUUUUCAAAUAAAGAAGUCUUGUUUGAAAAUCUCGCCACAUGCCCAAUUCCAGAUAUGAGGAGACUUACUGGAGGAUUAGUUUACUGUGCUAUGGUACAUCUUUAUGAAGAGGAAAAAGAUCUUCUAAAUGAAUAUUGGGAGUACAAGGCUGGACAGAAAGAAUCCUACUCAAACUGACAUCUGGUAAACUUUGUUAAUCUGCUGCUUUGUAACAUGGAAGAGAUGAGAAAAUAUACUGAAAAUAAUCCUCAAUAUUUUAACCUGAUUGCUAAGUUUGCAGGACUUGGGCCUGAAGCAAGGAUUUAUCUUCUAAAAGCAAAGAUAUUAACAAGAAUCACUAACUUCUACCUUCAAGACUCAAGUCCAGAUUCAGAUCAGUUCAUUGGCGAUACUAGUCUGAUCUACGAAGAAAAUUUAGUCCCAGACAUUGGUUUACCAACAAGUGUCGAAAAUGCAUAUAUCUCUAUUUGGGAAGAAAUGAUGAUGAAAAAGAGAGAUUCUGCCAUUGCAGACGGUGCGCAAGACUACACUUACAUAUGGGAAACUCUCAGUCUCUGUUUUAGAUCUUGCCAAAUUGGGGAAUCCUCCGAUCUUGAGACUUUCAUUGAUCAUAUAAGAUUCAAAGAACUUGAUGAAUCUGAUUUGAGACUUUGUACACUUGAAGAAGCUGAUUACAUAGCACUGAUUAAGACUUGUACGACUAAGCUUUGCACUAGAUUUAUUGGAGAUUUCUUAAUUCAUGCUAUGGCCUCAGUUCCUAGUCUUGAGACUAAAAUUAAAGGAUUAAUGAUCCAAGAAAUAAAUGACAAGCAACUUGAUGAAAUAGAGCCAUAUUUCCCUAUAUUCAAGAAAUAUUUAAUGAUUCAGGAUGAAAAUACAGAGAAUAGACUAGUAGAAGGAAUCAAGGAAUUCAUCCAAAUUAUUGAAAAUAAUGCAAAAUUCCCAGCUUUCGUUGGAAGGUUCACUGAUUUCUUGGUAAAACUGUGUAACAGAAGCAGAGCUGUGGCUGAAUAUCUUGCUGCUACUUCUGAUGAAUGGGAAUGGAUCAUAGAAUGGAUGAAGAAGAAUCCAACUACAUCUAAGAAUAGCCACCAUAUAAAGACCUACACAAAAGAAACUGCAAAUUCUCAGUAUAAGAUUAAAAGACUUGAAGAUAUUAGAAAAGGAGAAAUUGUGACUUAUGAACAUGAGUAUGAUUCAGAUGAUGAUAUGUAUGAUUCAAAGAACUAUAUCGGCAAGAAACUUGAUGUUAAAGCCAUGGGACAAUCUUGGGUCACAGCAGAAGUAAUUGUAGCACUUGAUGAAAUGGUGAAUCUUUCGUAUUGCUAUAAUAACACCCAAAAAUGCCCAUGGAUCCCAGCUGAAGUCAGCGAAUAUGCUCCUCACAUGGCUUUACAAAAUAGACAUGACAUCAUUAUGAUUGAAGAAUUUAAAAAAGCUAUUAGAGAGCAAUACAGAUCGAAUAUUCAACAGCAAUAUGAAGAUUCAGGUAAUCAAAUGGGCGUAUCUGAUAGCCAUGCUCAUAACAGCUAUGAUGACCCAAACAAUGAGAGUGUGAGCGAUGAUUAAUCACACUAUACUUACUUUAUUACACUUUCAACAGA